GCUCUCAGCACCAUACGCCGCUAUUGACACACCUUCCCUUCACCAAAACCGCACUUUAUUCCAAUGCAUUUUCCAUUUCUUCGCUUUGGCUCGAGCACUUCAAUGGCCUGAAAACAACUUUCUCUCCUCUUUUUGUUUCUCCUCCUUUUCUUCUCUUCAGCUGGGCGCUUUAUUGUGAGAGCUGCCAAAGUCCUUCUCAUUUCCCUGCGGCUCGUGUUUUCAGCGAAACAGAAACCGGCGACUGUUGCUGAGGAGUUCUGGCUGGGCUCGUGUUGUGUUUCUUCAGGUCUAGCGAACCUCUGGAAGACAAACGCCGCUGCGUUCAGCCUCGUUCUCAAGAGUUCUCCACACGAGUCUAAACGUGUCCCGCUCUGGAAGACAGAAUGAAGAGUUUCAGCCAGUCCCAACUGACUGCCAUGACAACAGGUUUGCUCCUGCUCUGUCUGGGUAGUUCAGCUCUGGAGCUCAGUCCCAGCAACCCUCAGGUCAUCCUCCCCAUCAACUCCUCCUACAACAUCACCUGCUCCGGCUGGAGUGACAUCACCUGGCGCUUCAAGCGGGAGGAGAAAGUUCCAGAGUUCCACAUCGAAAAGCGGAGCCCCUCCUCCAGUGUUCUGAGUCUGCAGCGGGUGACGUGGAGACACACGGGCGUCUAUGUGUGUACGGAGAACGGGACGAAUGAGACCAGAGAGGUGACCGUCUUUGUGCCUGAUCCUGAGGUGUGGUUCCUCGAGAACGAUCACCUCAUGGUGACUAAGACGAGAGAGGAAGGCACGGUCCCCUGUCUGGUGACGAAUCCCUCGAUAAAAGUCACGCUGUACGAGAAAGACUCAGAGUUUAUGGUGGAUGGUUCGUACAACCCCAGCGUGGGCUACACCGCCGCCCUGGAGGACAGAACCUACAAAUGCAAAGGAGAGCUGAAUGGAGAGGAGAAAGAGUCUGUCCCCUUCUACGUCUUCAGUAUAUUAGCUCCCGAGGCUCUGGAUCCCUACAUCAACGCCUCCAAAACUGUCCUGAAACAGGGCGAGACACUGAACGUCAACUGCACCGUUAACGGCGCGGAGCUCGUCUACUUCUCCUGGGACUUUCCCAACAAAGAUGUGGGGGACAUUGAGCCUUUGACUGACGUCCUGUCGUCCAUGAGCAUGCGGUCCUGUCUCAACAUCACAGACGUGUCUCUGGCCAGAUCAGGACUGUAUGUUUGUCACGUGCAUGAGGGUGUGGAGGACCAGAAAGCUUCAGCCAGUAUUAACAUCACAGUACUGGAAAAAGGAUUCGUGGCUCUUUCUUCACAUCUGGACAGGAACGUCUCGGCGCAGCUUGGCGAAAACGUGGAGCUGAAAGUGGAGAUCGAGGCGUAUCCCAAACCCACCAUCCAGUGGAUGAAAGACGGCGCUGCUAUUAAAGGACACAACACCAGACAGGACUACGAGACCCGGUUUGUCAGCACACUGACCCUGGUGAGGAUCCGACUGGAGCAGAUGGGACUCUACACCGUCAGUGUCAAAAACGAAGAUGACUUUAAAGAGAUGACCUUUGACUUAGAGGUGAAAGUUCCUCCUCAGAUAACUGAACUGUCUGACCAUCAGCUGCCGGGUAAGAAGCACGCGGUCACCUGUGUGGCGGAGGGAGUGCCGUCUCCCAGCAUUCAGUGGUUCAGCUGUGACAGCAUGACCAAGUGCAGUAACAGAAGUGUGGCGUGGAGCCCCCUACUGGAGGAUCCUGAGAAAAUCACCAUCCAGACUAAUGUCACCUACAACAUCACACGCAAGAUCCACCAGGUGCACAGUCAGGUGACUCUCCUGCGGCCGCAGCUGCUCACCAUCCGCUGCGAGGCCAACAACGAGGGAGGAGCUCGAGCACGAGACAUCAGACUGGUGAACAGCACCUUGUUUUCACAGGUGGCCAUUCUGGCUGCAGUCUUAGCGCUGGUGGUCAUUGCCAUCAUCUCCAUCAUCAUCCUCAUCGCUGUGUGGAGGAAGAAGCCACGCUAUGAAAUCAGAUGGAAGGUGAUUGAAUCGGUCAGUUUGGAUGGGCACGAGUACAUCUACGUCGACCCCAUUCACCUACCCUAUGACCUGGCCUGGGAGAUGCCACGGGACAGUCUGGUGCUGGGUCGGACGUUGGGAUCUGGAGCGUUCGGGCGUGUUGUUGAGGCCACUGCGUACGGUAUCGGCCGCUCCCAAUCUGCCACUAAGGUGGCCGUUAAAAUGCUGAAAUCGACGGCACGGAGGAGCGAGACUCAAGCUCUGAUGUCUGAACUCAAGAUCAUGAGUCAUCUGGGUCCUCAUCUCAACAUUGUCAACCUGCUGGGCGCCUGUACUAAACACGGUCCAUUAUAUCUGGUGACAGAAUAUUGUCGCUAUGGCGAUCUGGUUGACUACCUGCACAGGAACAAGCACAGCUUCCUCCAGUACUACGCCGACAAGAACCACAUCGCCAACGGCAGCCAGAUCUGUAACGACAGUGAUGUGCCGACCGGGAAAGAAUACGUGUCGUUCGGCAGCGAGUGUGAUGGAGGAUACAUGGACAUGACCAAAGACGAGCAGACCGAAUAUGUGCCGAUGCAGGAGCUCACGGACACUAUCAAGUAUGCAGAUAUCCAGCCGUCACCCUACGAGUCUCCUUACCAGCAAGACAUCUACCAGGAGCAAGGUCACAGGGUGGAUCGCUCUCUGGUCAUCAGUGAUUCUCCGGUUCUGAGCUACACUGAUCUGGUGGGUUUCAGUUAUCAGGUGGCCAAAGGCAUGGAGUUCCUGGCCUCAAAGAACUGUGUCCAUCGGGAUCUGGCGGCAAGAAAUGUUUUGAUCUGUGAGGGCAAACUGGCCAAGAUCUGUGACUUUGGACUGGCCAGAGACAUCAUGCACGACAACAAUUACAUCUCCAAAGGCAGCACGUUUCUUCCUCUGAAGUGGAUGGCACCGGAGAGCAUCUUUCAUAACCUGUACACCACGCUGAGCGACGUCUGGUCCUACGGCAUCUUACUUUGGGAGAUUUUCACUCUGGGAGGAACCCCAUAUCCAGACCUGCCGAUGAAUGAGCUGUUUUACAGCGCUCUGAAGAGAGGAUACCGCAUGACCAAACCCUCAUAUGCCUCUGACGACAUUUAUGAGGUCAUGAGGAAAUGUUGGGAUGAGAAGUUCGAGAAGCGUCCGGAGUUCUCCUUUCUAGUGCACACCAUGGGGAACAUGCUGUCUGACGGAUAUAAAAAGAGAUACGGUCAGGUCAGCGACAGCUUUCUGAAGAGCGAUCACCCUGCGGUGGCCCGCGUGAAGCCGCAUGUCCCGUCUCCGUUCCCGAGCGCCUUCCCUCCUCAGUCUCCCGCCUCGGAUCAGAUCCCAAGCCCGAUCCCGCGCCCGCAGGCCGCCGGAGAGACAGCUGAUACUCCUCACAACGAGUACAUCAUCCCCAUCCCUGAUCCCAAACCGGACGAGGAGACCCAGGACGAGCCGGUGCUGACGGAAAUCCCCUCGAGCUCGUUAAGUUCUGACGAGGAGACGGUCUCCAUGGAAACCCCGAGCACCGAACCCGAGCGCGAGGAGCUGCUGCCGGAUCAUUCUGGAAGUCCAGAGGUGGAGGAGAGCUUCCUGUGACACACUCCUGCUUCCUGUCAUCAUGAAGUAAUUGUAAUGUACAUUUUGAGCCGAUUUUUUAUCAAACGCAUCAGAAUGAUAUGCUAGAUUUCCUCGUGUUCUUUUAAAGACCGUCUGUGAGGGUUGAGGCUUUUUCAUUGUUUUUCUAUUCUUUUUUUUUUUACUGAAGUGGUACAGUGCAGUUUUAUCAACUGCAGAAGGCAAAGCUACAAUCAGCUGAUAUGUACAUUAGUUGUGUUAUGGUCAAUCUUCAAACUGUCGAUCAGCACACAAAUAUGAUGUGUUAUACUGUGCUUUUUGUGUUCAAAUCAUUCUCAGCAUUUUUGAAGUUAAGUGCAUAUUUCAUUUCUAUAUUCAGAGAGCUGUUUGUGACUUUUGAGUUUAACUUUAGACUUUUUUGGUCAAGAUUCUUGUAGCAAACUUGCACUUUAAUGUUUAUAAGUAAUAGAAGCAAAUAGAUUAUACACAUACCUUAUACUUUUUUUGAUUUCAUUUUCUAUUUUUACAUUGUGUAAAGGGAACGACAAAACCAUGGAAGCCUGUUUCUGCCACAGAUUAAAAUAAUAAUAAUAAUAAUUAAAAAAUAAUUUCCACUUUUUUUUCUCAAAAUCCUGAUUGUUUUCAUGCAAUUCUGAGAAAAAUGUCAGAAUUACGAGAUAUAAACUCAGUCUUUCUUUCUUGCAAUUUAGAUUUUUUUUAGACUUUUUCUUUCAAUUGCAUUUCCACCAUGGAAUAAAAAAUAAAAAAGGUAACUGCAAUUACCUAAUUGCAGAAUCUCACAAUUCAGACCUUUUUCUUUUGCAAUUUUGACUUUUUACCUCAUAAUCAUGAGUUUAUGACUCAAAAUUCUGACUUUUUUGUCACAAUUAUGAGUUUAUAUUUCAUGAUUCAGACUCUUGCCCCACAAAUACAAGUUUAUAUCUCACAGUUCUGACUUUUUUCUAUAGCUAAUGUCAGUUUAUAUCACAGUUUUGACUUUUUUCCUCACAGUUACACAUUUAUGACUCACAAUUCUAACUUUUUACUUUUGCAAAUGUAAGUUUAUAUCACAGUUUUGACUUUUUUCUUAGCAAUUACAAGUUUAUGAUUCACAAUUUUGUCUCAAAAAAUCUGAAUUUUUAAUGUAAUUGAGUUUAAAUCCCACAUUUUAGACUUUUUUCUUUUGCAAAUGUAAGACUUUUUUCUCACAAUUAUGAGUUUAUAUCUCAUGAUUCAGACUUUUCCCCACAAACACAGGUUAAUAUCUCGCAAUUCAGACUUUAUAUAGCGAACAUUUGACCCUGGACCACAAAACCAAUCAUAAGAGUAAAUUUUUUGAAAUUGAGAUUUAUACAGUAUAUGGACAAUAUUUGACCGAGAUACAACUAUUUGAAAAUCUGGAAUCAGAGGGUGCCAAAAAAAAAUUAAAUAUUGAGAAAAUUGCCUUUAAGCUGUCGAAUGAAGUUCUUAGCCAUGAAUAUUACUAAUCAAAAAUUAUGUUUCGGUAUAUUUAAGGUAGGAAAUUUGACUUUUUUCCUCGCAGUUACAAGUUUAUUACAAUUCAAAACAUUUUUCUUUUGCAAAUGUAUGUUUAUAUCAUAAUUUUCACUUUUUUCUUAGCAAUUACAAGUUUGACUCACAGUUUAAACUUUUUUUUUUUUGCAGUUACAAGUUUGUCUCAAAAUUCUGAAUUUUUAAUGCAAUUAUGAGUUUAUAUCUCACAUUUCACAACUUUUUUCUUUUGCAAAUGUAAGACUUUUUUUAUAUCACAAUUUAGACUUUUUCUUUGCAAUUACAAGUUUAUGACUCACAAUUCUUACUUUUUUCCUCACAAUAAUACUUUUUAUCUAAUGAUUCUGAUUUUUUUCCCCACAAAUAAAAGUUUAUAUCACAGUUUAGACUUAUUCACAAUUACAACUUUACGACUAACAAUUCAUAUUUUUUUUUCUUUUGCAUAUCUAAGUUUAUUCAGACUUCAGACUUUUUUUCAUUAAAAAUUACAAGUUUAUGACUCUUAAUUCUAACUUUUUUUAUUUAAUGAUUCAGACUUUUCCUCCACAAAUACAAGUUUAUAUCAUAAUUGAGACUUUUUUCUUUGCAAUUAUAAGUUUAUAUUACAAUUCAGACUUUUUUCCCAAUUACAAGUUUAUGACUCAAUUCUGACUUUUUUUCUCACAAUUGAGUUUGUAACUCAUGAUUCAGACUUUUCCCCCCACAAAUACAGGUUUAUAUCUCAAAAUUCAGACUUUUUUCUAUAGCAAAUAAAAGUUUAUGACUCACAAUUCUGACUUUUUGUAUUUUGCAAAUGUCAGUUUAUAUCACAAUUCUGACUUUUUUCUCACAAUUAUGAGCUUGUCUCAAAUAUUCUGACUUAUUAAUGCAAUUAUGAGUUUAAAUCUCACAUUUUAGACUUUUCCUCUUUUGCAAAUGCAGGACUUUUUUCUCACAAUUAUGAGUUUAUAUCUUAUGAUUCAGACUUUUCCCCACAAAUCCAGGUUUAUAUCUUGCAAUUUUGUCUGUUUUCUUUGCAAUUACAAGUUUAUGACUCUGACUUUUUUCUCACAAUUGUGGGUUGUGAAUCUCCAUUUCACACUUUUCCUCGACAAAUCGAAGUUUAUGACUCCCAAUUCUGAUUUUUUUCUUUUGCAAACGUAAGUUUAUAUCUCAAUUCUGACUUUUUUUCUCAUAAUUGCAAGUUUAUAUCUCAUGAUUCAGAAUUUUCCCCUUACAAAUCUAACUUUAUAUCACAAUUUAGACCUUUUCUUUGCAAUUACAAGUUUAUGACUCACGAUUCUAACUUUUUUCUCACAAUUAUCAGUUUUUAUCUAAUAAUUCAGACAUUUUUCCACAAAUACAAGUUAUCACAAUUCUGACUUUUUUCUUUUACAAAUGUAAGUUUAUAUCACAAUUCAGAUUUUCUUCUUGCAAAUCUAAGUUUAUUCACACUUUUAAUUCUAACUUUUUGCCUUAUGAUUUAGGCUUUUCCCCCUCCCACAAAUACGUUUAUAUCACAAUUGAGACUUUUUUCUUUUGCAAUUGUAAGUUUAUAUCACAAUUCAGACUUUUUUUUUUUUUUUGCAGUUACAAGUUUUGCAAUUAAUUAAAUUUAUAUUUCAAUUCAGACUUUUUUCGCAAGUACAAGUUUAUGACUCACAGUUCUAACUUUUUUUCCUCGCAAUUGUUAUCAUCUCAUGAUUCAGACUUUUCUUUCCUCAAAUAAAAGUUUUUAUCACAAUUCUGACUUUUUUCUUCACGAUUACAAGUUUAUGACUCACAAUUCUGAUUUUUUUCUUUUGCAGUUGUAAGUUUAUAUCACAAUUUUGACUUUUUUUUUUUUGCAAUUACAAGUUUAUGACCCCCAAUUCUAACUUUUUUCUCACAAAUGAGUUAUCAUCCUAUAAUUUAGACUUUUUCCCCACAAAUACAUAUUUGUAUGUCACAAUUCAGACUUUGCAGCUACAAAUUUACGACUCGCAAUUCAGACUUUUUUUCUUUUCAGUUGCAAGUUUAUGGCUCACGAUUCUUACUUUUUUCUCACAAUUGAGUUAUUAUCACAUAAUGCAGACAUUUUUCCCACAAAUGCAAAUUUAUAUCUCACAAUUCAGACUUUUUCUUUGCAGUUACAAGUUUAUGACUCGUAAUUCUGACUUUUUUUUUUUUAGCAAAUGUAAGUUCAUAUCAAAAUUCAGACUUUUUCAUUUGCAAUUAAAAGUUUGACUCACAAUUCUAAUUUUUUUUUCUCACAAUUAUUCGUUUACAUCUCAUGAUUCAGACUUUCCCCGCACAAAUUCAAGUUUCUCUUAUAAUUCAAAUGUUUUCCCUCAAUGUUUUUUUUUUGUCAAAAUUUACAUCUUGACGUUUUGAGAAAAAGUCAGAAUUGUGAGAUAAAAGUCGCAGUUAUCUUUUUAUUUGAUUUAUUUUAAUCCCAUGUUGGAAACAAGCUUCCAUUCACAACACGAGACAGAGUAUGUUUGUAUGUUUUUGUGCAGCUACAGAAUCAAGCUGUUCAGUGUGUGCUUCAUACUAACAGUGUGUCUGAAUGACUCACGGUACAUGAGAAAAACAUCAUUCAUCAGAUGAAUUUCAUCCAAAGCAUUUUACAUUCGAGAUCAUUUAACCUGCUCUUGGCAGGUCGUUUUCACUGAGAUAAAACUGUACAUGUGGACCAGGUAUUUCAUCUUCAAAUGAUUAGUUCAGUAUCAUCCAUAAAAGUUUAAAGUACUUAUAUGCAAAUGCUUCAUAUACCCAAACCCAGAUUGAGAAGGUGUUCAUAAAGGCUUCAUCUUGUCUGUUCGUCUUGUUCAUUCUUGAUUUUAACUCUAGGCAUUCAUAUGUAUGCACAAGGCCUUAUUAAAUUGCACAUUUCCAUACAUAUAUCACAUAGUAAUGUUACACACUCUUAAGGUACCAAAGCUUUAUGUAUGUUUACAAGUAUAUUUUUGUAUAGAUAUUUUGUACAUUGCUCUUUUACACAUCUAUGUACGAUCAAAAAUAAAAACUGUGAAAAAUUCUUUAA